AUGGAACAACGAAAUGUGCAAUUAGCGGAAAAUAUCAAACCGAUGAUCGGUGCAGUAGUUGCAUUUAUUUCUGUUUUUACUAUUGUCACGUGUAUGAGCAACAAUUGGGCAAAAAGCAAACCUUUUCUUGGUGUUGCAAGUGUCAUUUCAGCUGGUCUGGCCGUGGUCACCUCUUUUGGAUUCAUGUCGGUUGUCGGUGUGCAGAAUAGUAUUUGGAACAUUACCAUUCCAUUUUUAGUUCUCGUGACAGAGAUCGAUGAUGCCUUCGUAUUAUGGGCAUGUUGGAGAAUAUCAAACCCCAAGCAUAAAGUACACAAACGCAUGGAAGAAACAUUGAGUGAAGCAGGAAUUUCUAUAACGUUAACAUCGUUGACUAAUCUGUUUUCUUAUUGCAUUGGAAUGAUGGCAUCUUUCCCUCUUAUAAGAAUGUUUUGUUAUUAUUCGGCAACCAGCGUAGUGUUCACAUUUUUGUAUCAAAUAACAUUUUUUGCAGGUUGCAUGGCAUUAUCAGGAUACAAAGAAGAAAAACAGCAGCAAGCAUUUCGUCUUAAUUUCAGAGAUAUCGAAUAUUCUUCAACAGAAGAAGAAACCUCAACUGAUGUGCCAACAAUGGCAUAUUUCAGAGACAAGUUGGGAAAAAUUCUAUCUAUGAAUGUAAUGAAGUUAACGGUUAUCAUCGUUUACUUUCUGAAUUUAUCAUUUGGAAUAUGGGGAGCUUUAACUAUAAAACACGGUAUAGAUUUUACUAAGUUAUAUCCACAUAAAUCAAUGAUAACACAGGGUAUUAAAAUAUAUUAUAAUAGUUUUGGCCGUUAUACGUUUCCUUACCAUAUAGUAAUUAAUAGAACACUUGAUUAUUCAGAUUUAAAUGUACAAAAAUCCGUAGACGAACUACUCAACAAAUUCGAAAGUCUUCCAUACAUUGCAGAUUCUCGAUUUACAGUAUCGUGGUUGAGAUAUUAUAAAGAAUUCCAAAAUCACCCGUUAGCAAAGUAUUCAUUACGAGGAUACAACAUGUCGGUUAAACAAGAUUUCUUGGAUGGACUUCGCAAUGUUUUCCUGAAAUUUAAAUCAGCAGAACAAUUCACAGACGAUAUCGCUUUCAAUUCUGAUGGAUCCGAUAUUUUAAGUAGCAGAUUUCAUAUCUUUGUGAAUGAUACGUUAAGUUCAGCAGCUGAAAUGGAAAUGUUAAAAACUCUGUGGAAAAUUGCUGACGAAUUCGAAUUUCCUGUUCUUGUUCAUGCACUAGUCGCACCUCAGUACGAACAAGGAAUUAUAAUUGGACGUACAAUUCAGGAUUUAAUUUGGAUCACUUCACUUUUGGUCAUGAUUCUUUUUAUAGUUUUCAUACCAAACAUCGUCGUUGCAGUUCUCGUUGCAAUAUCGCUUUGGACUGAACUUUUACCAUUUGACAUUUUACAAUAA